AUGCUCACUUCCAUGAAGAACCUCGCGCUAGCCCUCUUGGCUUUCACGGCUAUGGGGAGUGUCCUCGCUGCGCCUAUUCCUGCCUCCGACGUCCAGCUGGAGAAGCGUUCCUACAGUGGGCGUGCAACCUACUACAAUGUCGGCAAAGGCGCGUGUGGCUGGCGCAACAGUAACUCACAACACGUUGCGGCCCUGAACCGCAGUCAAUACGGGAAUGUUAACGCCAAGAGCUCAUGGUGCGGGAAGACCAUCGAGAUCAAGAACAAGCGCAAUGGCAAGGUCGUCAGCGCAAGGAUCGUUGACGCCUGCCCGGACUGCAAACAUGGGUCGCUGGACUUGUCGCCUUCGCUGUUUUCUCAGCUGAAUAACGGGAACAUGGAUGACGGCGUUUUCCCGAUCUCCUGGAACUAA